AAAGAGAACAAGUCUAUUGCUAGCAGCAAGACUUUUAAUAAAUUUUCUAGAUAUUUUUCCAAGUUUUGCACAACACAUUGUAGACGUUGCGUGAUAAUAUUUGGGUAUUCGUUUCGAUUUAAAUGAUGGGGGACGACGCGGACCAAAACCACGAUGAAGUAAUCACUCUGGAAGGUGUCAUAUGUGUGGAUGAGGUGAACAUAAUUGAGAGCAACAAUCCCGCCGAUUACAGGCAUAUGGUCGACGAUAACGUGGGUGCUACAACGCGAGUUUGCAUCGGAACAGCCACUUUCUGGUGUAUUCCUUCACUUCUGCAAUUCCAUUGCAAAUAUUUCGAACUCCACAUUCGCCGGAGCUAUUGCUUUCGCGAGGGCGCUGACCUUACUGCUGUGGGUUUUCGAGCUGCCUACGAUUGGAUGAGAUUGCAAGAGUCUCUGGGAAACGAUAUAGGGCCGGGUCAAGUGGUUGCCAUGCUGCACACGGCCAUGCAACUAGAGAUGCGAGCACUGCAGACGGACUGUUAUCGAUUCCUGUGCGGAGCCCACUUCCGAGAGGAGAUCGCCUUCGAGGUUUACCUAAAGGCCCUGAAGUAUCCCGAACUCGAAGCGCUCCGCAAGGUGAUGCUUCAGAGGAUCGGCGUUCAUUUCCUGGCCGUGGUGGGGGGAAUCCAUUUUCGGCAGAUGCCCCUAGAGGAUGUGAUCACCAUGAUUUCCCAGGACUCUUUGGGGGUCAAUUCCGAGGUGGAGGUCUUUUCGGCCCUUAUCUGUUGGCUAGCUUAUCGUCCGCAGGAAAUGACAAAGCUGAUGCCACACCUGACUGGGUGCGUUAGAUUCACCUUAAUACCACUACCCGUUCUACGAAAACUGUGGGACAUAUCUUCGGUGCCCAGCAGUCCCUCGGAUCCCGAUGGUACUCUUUUGGGCGCUUUUCACUAUGAUCUCGAUAUGCGGUACAGGAUCAGCAUUUCGAUCACUGUAGCGUCGCUGCGACUUCUGCAUCCCAAUCGUAGCGAAUUUCUCAGAUCCUUGAGGGAUGUUGGAGAGGAGGCUCCAAGGGAGUGGAUGUACGACGAAACGUGUUCCUAUCACUUGCCAUACCCCAAGGGCCCCUAUUGCCAUGUUAUGAAUGGCCAAGCAAUUUUUUCCUAUGUUUCGCAGAGAGCGAACGAGUUUCAACCAUGGCCAAGGCGUUCAAGGUCCCCCCUGCCAGCUACCAAUGAUCUACAGACCAUCGAGGAGGUACCAGCUCAAUUCGAAUGCAGGGAGUCGGAGGAAGAGGACCAGAACGAAAAUUUCUUGAUCGAGUUGCAAGCUCUGUUCCUUAAAUUGGAUCUACUUCUGCCCCAAGAAGGGGAUCCUCAGCCUUACGAACCGGAAGCUAUAACAUCCGAGGACGAGGAUUAUCCCUAUCAGACCUAUUUGCAGGAAACAGAUCGCCAGAUCAGAGGGAUAUUAAAGGAACUUGACCAGAAUGUAAUGCCCCAGCUCAGUUUAUAGAUGUAUAACCCCUCAAAAUUGCUGUUUACCAAGACAGCUAGU